AUGAGAAGUUAUGGACCCAGUGUGGCUAUGCUUUUUGUGAAAGCUUUAAUUGUCCAUCAGAACAAAUUUGUGAGAUUCAGAAAACUCACUGGUGUCAGCACAGAGGAAUUUGACUGGAUGACCAAUGAACUCUGCAACAGUUUGCACGACAUUGACUGGGACUUGGAGGAUCUGGAGAAAGCCAUUUAUAUCCUUUUGUGUCAAACCCACAAGUUCGAAGUUGAGCCCUCUGAGGCAGCAGCCCGGCGUGCUUUCAUCACAGAGAUGCAAGGAUCGGUUAAGGAAAUAUGGGACCACGUAUCGAGUCCAACAACACAAGCCAUUUUGGAGAAGAAAAAUAGAGAGAUGCCAGUGGUGAGCAGUGAACGAUGUCAGCUCUUGGAUGCAGAGGAACUCAGUUCAUAUGCUCUGGAAGAGCAGCAGUUGCAUCAGAAGCUCAUUAUUGAUGCCCAGGAUGAGCAGCUGGAGCAGCUGGAGCUGGUCUCUGGUAGCAUUCGAGUGCUGAAAUACAUGUCUGGGCGGGACGGAGAGGAACUGGACGAGCAGGCUGUGGAAUGACUUCACAGGAUGCUGGAAGACUUCGCUCAUGAGAUGGACAUGGAUGGAGCGCUCAUAAAGAUGGCCAGAAUCUCACACAUGACCUCAGAAGUCCUCGGCUGCCAGCUUUUCUGGCAAGUCUCUCACAAGUAUCAGUGGUGCAUCGUUGUCGUGUUGCUCAUCAUUGUCAUCAUGGUGCUGAUUCUCCUGUUCACUUUGUGA